AUAUAAUCAUCUAAGUAAAUAAAUAAUACAAAUAUACAACCAGUGCAAUAAAAUCUACUUAAUGUGAAGUUACAAAAAUAUAAAUAAAAAAGGAAAAAAAAUUAAAUUAAAGUCUCUCAUUUAUUUUUAAUUUUUUUUUACCACAAAAAUGGGGAUCACUUAUUUAUUUAUUUAUCUAGGUUUAAAACCCCUGUUAAAAGCCUAAAAUCCCAUUUCACUCUUAAACCCAGGACAACUUUUCCCUAUCUCCAAAGCACUCAUCAAUGGCGGCGAACGCUAAUCGUAUACGCAGAGCUCUUCUUUCCACUUCUUUCAUGAACUUCCAUAAACAACGCCUUCCUUCAAUCUCUUCUACCCAUUCUCUUCUCCAAAACCUACUUUCUUCCCCUUCUCAAAUAUACCCUCGUCGUCGUUUCUUCCAUUCCACAAACACCUCUCAUUACUCCUCGAGAUCGUUUAACGUUGAUAAGAUUGAUCCUGAUACCAUUUUGUUCGAGGGUUGUGAUUACAAACACUGGCUUAUUGUUAUGGAUUUUGGAAAGGAUCCUGAUCAGCGCCCUCCUCCUGAACAGAUGGUUGAAACUUAUGUUCAGACUUUAGCUAAAGUCGUCGGAAGUGUCGAAGAGGCAAAAAAGAAAAUAUAUGCGUGCAGCACCACUACUUACACUGGUUUUCAAGCAGAGAUUGAUGAAGAGACAUCAAAGAAGCUUGAGGGUUUGCCUGGUGUUAUAUUCGUUUUGCCAGAUUCGUACAUAGACCCAGUGAACAAGGAAUAUGGAGGAGAUAAGUACAUUAAUGGAACUAUCAUACCAAGACCACCUCCAGUUCAGUAUGGCAGAAGGAGAGAUAGACAGCUUGAUCAAAGACCUAGGUCUCCAAUGCCUAACCAACAAGAAGGAAGAGGCUAUAGGCCACAAAGUGAUUUUGCCGACCGGGGAAAGUUUCCACCAAAUUCUGGUCCAACUGGGUUUGAUAGGAAUGAUUAUCCGAGUGGUGGAAAUGCUUAUGUGUCUCCGCAAGGGAACCACAACCACAACGUGCCUCCUCAUCAAGGGAACUACAACCACAAUGUGCCUCCUCAUCAAGGGAACUACAACCACAACCCGCCUCCUCAUUCGGGAAACUACAACCAGAACGUGCCUCCUCAUCAGGGAAACUCCAAUUACAAUGUGCCGCCUCAUCAGGGAAACUACAACCAUGGCAUGCCUCCUCAUCAGGGAAACUACAACCAUGGCAUGCCUCCUCAUCAGCAGAACUACAACCCCGGCUAUAGCCAUCCUCAUCAAAUGAAAAAUCUCUCUGGUGACUAUGGUAGUAAUGCUCCAAGUGCACGCAUCAACGAUCCUCGAGGAGAUCAACUCUACAAUAAUUCUCAAGGACCGAUGACGAAUAUCCCAGGUCAACAUUAUAGUCAAACUCCCCAAGGACAAAUGCAAUAUCCAGUGAGAGGGCCUGGUGGGCAAACUGGGGUUGGAUCUUUUGAACAAACUGGGACUGGACAAUAUGGGCAGAUGCCUGGCAGUUACAAACAAGGCGCAAGUACAAGAAAUGGGCAUGGAUAUACAUCUCAAGUAGAAAGCCAAAGGUAUUCAGCCGCACCAGAUCAACAUAAUAGUAUGCCAACAGAUUAUAGUAAUGUUUCUCCACCACAACCCGGGAUGAAUCAAAGAAAAUUUUGACAAGAUACUAAACUGCAAUGGUGUUGCCGUGUCCAGAAUUCAGAUAACGGAAGACGCAGUGGUUUAUGUGUGCCAGGAAGGGAUCGAGUGAAAUGGCUCAAUUAGUAGUUUCCUUGACCUGUUAUUUUGUAUUAUGAUUACUUGUUUGUAGUUUAUUACUAAAUGGACUGCUGAAAGUAGUGAACUAGCACUGUUUUUGUGACUUAAAAGGUCCUUGCGGUCUAAAGAUAAUGACUUCAUGUA